AUGUGUUUCGGAAGCAAAUUGAAGGGCGACGCAUCACCGGGAUUUGACAACGAGAACCUCAAUUCACGACCAGUCAACACGAUACCUCAAAGUAAAGGUUCAAUAAAAAUGCCGCAGAAUGAAUCUUAUUCUCCCCCAGCGGGACCACCUCCUUCACAACAACAUGCGCCCUAUAAUGAUCAAUAUGCACCCCCACCUGGUCCCCCACCUUCGCACGAAUAUACCCCUCCUUCGGGCCCACCACCGUCGCAAGCUCAAGCACCAUAUCAUGACUGGCAAACCGCAGUUCCCGAUACAUCUCUUCUACCCCCUCCCCCAUCUAUGGGUUAUCAGCGAAGCGAUGCAAACAACGCCACCGAAGAAGAGGCAUUACAAGGGAAAGCAUGGUGUGAACAGAACCCUUUGGCACCGCCUGUAGAGUUCCCACAAGCAGCUCUAGAAGCACUUGAUGCUGCAAAUAUUGGUGUCAUUAAACCAAGAUCUUACAAUGGUGAUCUUUCGCGUCUACGACAGGGUGUUUGGGCGGGAAAGACAAAGUCCAACAGCAAGGAUUCAUGCAUCAUUUCUACCCUUCCGCUAUACUCCGUAUACGCGCAUUCUCCUUUACGAACUGAAAUAGGCAAGACGAUAUACUUUGAGGUCAAAAUAUCAAAUAGGUAUCGCGGAGAGAUUACUUUGGGCUUAGGAUUUGUUGCGCAACCAUACCCAACCUUCAGAUUGCCUGGAUGGCAUCGAGGAGCACUAGGCGUUCACGGGGACGAUGGUCAUAAAUAUAUCAAUGAUCUCUGGGGCGGUAAGGACUUCACAAAUAAAUUCCAAGCCGGUCAGACACUCGGGAUCGGAAUGACUUUCACUCCGCGGAAUGUUAACAACCCUCCUGCUUACGACUCUGGGCCAGCGCAGACCACGGCCCAAACCCCUAUUAAUGUUGAGAUUUUCUUUACUAGAGACGGUAAGAAGGAUGGCGGAUGGAAUCUUCAUGAAGAGGGUGAUUCUGUAGAAGAUCUCCCCGUCACAGGAUUGGAAGGCAUGCAUGAUUUAUAUGCCGCUGUAGGAACAUUCGAUAAUGUCGAAUUUGAAAUCGUAUUCAAUGAAAGGGAAUGGAUGUAUCACCCUUGA